AUGCCACCCAAAUCGGAAACCCAUGCCGCAACCACCCAAUUCGAUCCGGCAUCUGACUCUAUCGAUCCUAUGUUCCACAUCUUAAAGAUCCUCCCUUUCUCUUUCCUUCGCCCGCCUCGCCUGCGGCUGAAACUGCCCACAUUCACUCUCCCCUCCGCCAUGACUGUCUACUCCCUCAUCCUCCUCACCUACUUCAUGGUCGUCUCCGGGAUCGUGUACGACGUCAUUGUUGAGCCCCCUGGCAUCGGCUCCACUCAGGACCGGUUUACUGGAGCGGUCAAACCUGUCGUCUUCCUUCCCGGUCGGGUCAACGGGCAGUAUAUUAUUGAGGGCUUAUCUUCUGGGUUCAUGUUCGUGCUCGGUGGUGUCGGGAUAGUGCUAUUGGAUCUGGCCCUUGACAAGAACCGCGCCAAGAGCGUCAAGGUGUCGUAUGCAUCGGCUGGGGUUGCAUCUGUGGUGAUUUCAUAUGUCAUGAGUAUGCUCUUUGUUCGGAUUAAGAUCCCAGGGUAUCUCCGCUGA